AUGCGACAGGACGAAACCUAUCGGGACCUCUUUUUCGCCAUCUCCAGACCAACGAAACGAACCUCGAGUGACGACACGCUUCCUCCUUUGCUAACUCAUCUUGCCUUACAGAGCCUCAAGUCUUUCCGUACCAAGCAGAAGCUUGCCAAGUCGCAGAAGCAGAACCGUCCCGUGCCCCAAUGGAUUCGUCUCCGCACCAACAACUCCGUCCGCUACAACGCUAAGCGCAGACAUUGGAGAAAGACGAAGCUCGGCAUCUAA